UCCGGGGUUCGGCUGCUGGGCGCAAGUGGGAGCUGGAGUCGCAGUUGUUCGUGGGCAGGGAGCGUUCCGCCGCCGCUAUGUCCCAUUCGGUGGUCCUGCGCGGUCCUUCGCCGUGGGGUUUCCGCUUGGUGGGCGGUAAAGACUUCAGUGCUCCGCUGACCAUCUCCAGGAUCAACCCUGGCAGUAAAGCAGCCAUGGCAAACCUGUGCCCAGGAGACAUCAUUCUGGCAAUUAAUGGGGAGAGCACGGAGAACAUGACACAUCUAGAAGCACAGAACAAGAUCAAAGCAUGCACGGACCAGCUGCUGCUCUCUGUGAACAGAGCUGAAGGAAAGUCCUGGUCACCUCCUGUUCUGGAAGAUGGCAAGGCUCAAGCGUACAGGAUCAACAUAGAGCCGGAACCACAGGACAAUGGACCGGCCCAGAGCAGGAGGACGAUGCCCCAUGUGGCUGGUGGCAGUGCCAUGGACACCAAGCAGAUGCUGAAUGUGCAGCACCACCACCCAAACCGGCUCUAUGCCAACAGCAGCUCCGAGUCAGCUCUGCCAGGCCAGCUGAGUGGCCUCCACAUAUCUCCUGCCCACAGCAUUGACCCCAUGAAGUCUCUCCCACGGAACAGAAAUGGGAUUGAUGUGGAGUCGGACGUCUACAAAAUGCUUCAGGAUUAUGAAAAGCCCAUUUCGGAGCCUAAGCAGUCUGGGUCCUUCCGAUACUUGCAGGGCAUGUUGGAGGCUGGUGAGAAUGGUGAGAGGCUCGACAAGCUGAGCAACCCCCGAAACAUCAAGUCCCCGGUGUCCAAGCUUGGUGGUGCCAUGUCCGGGCUGCAGAUGCUCCCUGAGUGCACGCGCUGUGGGAACGGCAUCGUGGGCACGAUCGUCAAAGCUCGGGACAAGCUCUACCACCCCGAGUGCUUCAUGUGCGACGACUGCGGCCUCAACCUGAAGCAGAGGGGGUAUUUCUUCAUCGAAGAGCAGCUGUACUGCGAGACGCACGCCAAGGAGAGGGUUAAGCCCCCCGAGGGCUAUGACGUGGUCGCUGUUUAUCCCAAUGCCAAGGUUGAACUUGUCUAAACCCUGGCUGAGCUGUGCGCCCACCCACCGCCACCGGCUGCGCUGGGGCUGGAAUCAACCCCAGUUACCAGAGCCCAAGUUCCAAUGCCUUUUCCUAGAUAAAACCGUUUACACUUGGGAUCUCUGGGGGAUGGUGUUGAAAGCAUACGAACAGGUUUUUCCCUUCUUUUUGACACUCUGCUUUUCGGGUUGCUGCGGUGGGAUGUUAGUCUGUGCCAUAACCUUAUCCAAGAUCUGUGUAAAUAUUGAUUAAUUCUCUACUCUGUUUCCUAUAAAACCAGUAUUCCCCCCUUUUCUGCUCCCUCCCCCCCUUCUGAAAAAAGCAAGGAAGAUGUUUUUAGAAGCUCAUAGAAAAUAAGGCACUUUAACAAAUGAAGCUGACUCCAACAUCCUGACAUUUAUCUCCUGCCUUCUGGCUGCCCCAGCGAUUAAAGCCCAAGCCCCUGAGGAGCCUGGGAUGCGGUACCAGCGGGUCGGAGUUCCUGGCUCAUCCCAGCAGAUGUGCUGAGGAAAGGUGGUCUCUUAGAACAGCAACUGCUGUGGAAUUCCCUGGAUCAGGGCACUGCAGUGUGAGGCUGACAAGGACCGACCCGAGUUCCCCAGGACAUCUCCACACUCAUAAUGCAAGGAGGCUUUUGUCUCCCUUCUUUCACUCUUUAUUCAGUUGUUCUCUGUCAUCCACUCCCCCCAGCACACCUUAAAGGACACUGAAAUAGCACGGAGCCCACCUCAGCUGUUCCAGCUCCCUUGCUCCAGCCCCAUCACUGUCAUUGCUUUGCCUGUUCUGAUUCUUCCCCAUCAUUUGCUAUAGUUUUGUAGCCCUUUAUUUCUAGAUCCCAUCCACGUCUGCCUCCCAGCGGGGAGGGGCUGAUCAAAUCCUUCCCGGCACUUAGGAAGUAACUGGAGCUGAUGAGCCCCUAUCCACAGGCAGCAGGAUUGGCUUUAUACCCAUAUCCCAAGGCUCUGCUUUCAGCCAGAUCCAUCAUCAGCUUUGUUUAACGGGGAGAAGUUUUUGCGGAUCUUGGAACUAUGCUUUGUUGGAGAAAUGUGGUUGUUUUCAUAUUGGCGCUUGGAGGAGGGAGAGUUGAGUCUCCCAGUUUAGUCUCCCAGCUGCUGGGUGCCUACAGGAGCCGUGUGUUUGGUACCACAAGGUUACUUCUGCUCUGCAACAGCCUCCUUCCUCCUCCUCCUUUGAGAGAGGGAAGAUGUGGGGGAGAAAAAGAAAUGUCUGUGCUUGCUUCUCAUACAUGGAAAAGGAAAUUAAGAGAUAGGGCAAUGGCCAAAGCACUCCUUCUCCUCCUGGCUGUCCGUAACUCAGAAAUCUGGGACUGGAGAAGGGUUGGGAGCGCUAUCCCAGCUGAGGCUGAGCACACAACCUCUUCCUUCAGGUUCUGCAUCCCAGAAGGGAGGAGGGAUGUUAGGGUGGUACUGGGCUAUAUCUAGACCUCUUCAUGCAGUGCUUUACAGUGAUUGAAGCUGCUCCUGCCCUGUUCCUGAGGAUGCAGCUCCCCCCAGCUGGGUACCACCUCACAGCCACAGGGAUGCCGGUCCUGCGCCUCCCUUCCAGCAGAACAUCCACCUCUCCUGCUGCCAUCAGGAUUUGCAAUUGUUAAAGUACAGGAACACAUGGGAAUUGUUAUCACAGCGCUGUGUUCCUUGUCUGCAUGGGUGUGCUCGGUGGGGUGGAAGGGAAAUACUUGGGACAACUGUAAAUGAUGAGGACACUGACAAUCAUCGGGUGGGAAGCAUCUCUGCCCUGUUUGCAGGGCUCUGCUUGGAGCCGUUUGCCACUGUCAGAAGCAGUGGUUCUGAGUUCCCCAUCCCCAGGCACAUUGAUUCCUGACUUCAGGUGCCCUCAUUCACGUUAUGGGGUUUGUAGGAGCUGCCAUGCACGAGGAUCCAGUGUCCCCAGGGAAUGCCACUAAACUGUAACAUGGGCAGGGCACUGUUUGUAUGGAAUACAAAAUAAAACUGUACUGAUGGC